AUGUCGACCAGGGCCCCAGCUACAACACCUCCGAUCGUCAGCCCAGGCCCGCCCUCGGUGCGCAUCCCCUCCUCCUCCCAUGACACCACCGCGCAAGUACAGAAUGAGAAGACGAACGAGCACGAUGCACCGACCGCCGCCGCAGCCCAAUCGCAGCCCGAGGAGGACAUUAGUCUUCUGCCUCCCUUGACCGAUCGCGGUGACAGCAGUUUGUUCUUGUCGAGCGAAAUUGGCGAGCGCGAGCGCGUGAAUAACCAGACUUUGAUUGAGGAGCAUGAGAUGCGCCGCAAGCUGAUGGAUAUGGAGUCGAGCUUUUUGCCAGAACCCUCGACCAUCGACGUCGCCGCGCGUGGCCCAACUCCCGGCGCAGACGAUACCUACCUGGUCGGUGUUGGAAGCUACGAUCCCGACAUGACCCAGUCGUCUACCUUUUCCUUUAUUCCGCCCUCCGAGAGCUACCAGGAAACCGAGCAAGACCAUGAUGGCGCUGGUGAGGAGACGGAGAAUGUGACCGGCACGAGGUACACACAGGGCACCGCGAACGACUCUAUGCUUGACUCACUCACUUCAUCACCUUCAGCUGCGGCUAUGCUCCGGAGUCUGCAGCGUGAUCAGCAAUCCGAAAACCCUGCUGAGAAUAGCAUGCUGUCCCAAGAUGAACGACCCUUCAGAUCCCAGCUCUCUAUCGCAGAAAGCGAGUCGCAACUCACUCCCUCCAAGCUUCGACAUUCAUCUCGCAGUCUCUCCCCAGGUCCGUCCAGGAUAUUCAGCGAUCAGAGCGGUAGCAUUGCUGGAAGCCGGAGAAGUGGUAGCCGUCCCAAAUAUUUGACCAGUCGUCAAUCGGCCCAGCGGCUCUCACAUUCCUCUAUUGCUAGCAACACCACUGAGACAACCCACAGCGACGCAACAUUGGGCGCUGACUUUGCCCUUCAAUCGGGAGGCGCGGCCUCUGAACAAUGGGGCGGUCUCAAUGCCGGUCAGCGCGCCCAUAUGACCCGGACUACCAGCCUUGGUAGCAUGGCGUCUGGAGUCUCUGGCUAUAGCGAGGAGAACUUACUAGACAGACGCAAUGUCGGCGCUCCGAUCGAUGGGGGCCUUCAUACCCUGGAAGAAGAAAGCUCACCACAGUCAUCACGACAGGCAACGGGUUUUGAUGACCCCUCGGCGCCAUUGACACCAAAAGCCAAGCCCCGAGAGAAUAUUCCCACUGAUACAGCCAUCACAGAGCGAGUCAAGGGAAUCCAAGUUCCCACAGCUUUUGUUCAAAAAUUCCGGGACGACUUUGGUCACACUGGACCAUCCCCUGAGAAACGCCCUGGAGCUUCGACGCCUGCAUUUGGACGAAGUGGUCGCACGAUGACUCUCAAGGAGCAGAGCAGCACAAUUGACCGACUGUCCAAGGAGAACUUUGACCUGAAAAUGCGCAUUCAUUUCCUCAACGAGGCUUUGAACAAGCGUUCUGAGGAGGGCAUCAAGGAGAUGAUCUCGGAGAAUGUAGAGCUCAAAUCAGAUAAGCUGAAACUGCAGAAAGACAACCAGGGUCUGAAGCGCAAGAUUCGGGACUUGGAAAAGCAGCUGAAGGAUCAGCAAUCUGACAAGGAUUCCAUGGUUAACCACGAUCCUGAAGCAUCCGAAGAUGAUCGCGAGUCGGCUCAGGAUGAGGAGCUUGUUUAUUUGCGUGAGCGAGUUGAGACUUAUGAGCUUGAGAUUGAGCGCAUGCGGUCUGAGAAUAUUGCUCGCGAGAGCGAGAAGCGCCGCUUGGCUGAGAUGGUCAAGUCUCUGAGUGAGAACCGAACUGGAGGGUCAGAGGCGGGGGCUCGAGAAGAGAGGGAUAUGUGGAAAGACAUGCUGGAGGCAGAGACUGCUGCUCGGGAGCAAGCCGAGGAGGAGAACCGCAGGCUACGGGAUGAGUCGAUUCGCCUUAAGAGUGAACUUUACUCAACUACGAGCUCCUUGAAGCCGGGGCAGCGCGAGCGCGGCGGUUCUACUGUCUCAUAUGCAUCCGCAUCCGAUAGAGAUGGCCACCGUGGUGCUCUGAUGAGCACUUCCAGCAGCACGCUUGUGGUCGAGCUCGAGCUCUUGAAGCAGGAGAAUGCUGAGCUGAGGAAGGAAGUCAGUGCGCAAACCUCAAUGCUUACCUCUCGCAACCGCGAGAAAGAGCGUCUUUACCAGGAGAUUGAGGAGCUCAAGCUCGGCCAACGACGUGAUGGUAGUCGAUCCGUCGCCGGAGAUAGCAUUUUCGACCGCUCGGCGUCUCGUGCUCAGAUGCGCACCGGGUCAGAGAUCAGUGACGGAACUGGAUCCCGGGAUAAUAUGGAUCGCGAGGAGCUCGAGGCUCGAAACGGCCAGCUGCGUGACCAGGUGUCGACGCUCAAGCUGGAGAACCAAGCAAUGCGUGACCAAUUGGAUGGCUAUAUUCGAGAACUAGAGGCGCUUGAUAAAGCGUAUCAGGCUGACGUUGACCAAGCGGAGGAAGAAAUAGGCAACCUGCAGAACGAGCGAGAUCAGGCUAUUGAGAUGGCGAAUGAGCGUGAUGCUGCCUUCCAAGAUCUGCGUGCCGAAGCACAAGAGGAGCUUGACACCCUUGCCGAGGAGCUUGAUCAGAAGAUCGUCGAGUGUCAGCGCAUGGGCGAAGACCUACGAAAUCAGGAUGAGAGUCUGAGAGUAUUACAGGCUGAGAUGCGCUCCGCCAGUGAGGGAAUCAUUCGACUUGAGGAAGACGCUCAGAACAACUUGGAGCGGUACAAGGCUGUGCAGCAGGAGUUGGAAGAAACCAACCGUGAAAUGGAGUCUCUGGAGAAGAGCCUCUUCGAAGCCAACACGAAGGUGCAGCGGCUGACGGUGCAGAUCGAGUCAAGCCAGAACGAGAUUGCCUUCCUUCGGGAGGAGCAAGAUGGCGAUAAAAUCCGCAUUGGUGAUCUGGAGUCUGAGCUCAAGAUGUACCACAUGAGCCUGCAUAGUGAGAAAGAGAAGACUCGGGAGUUGGAGCAGCGGUUGGCGGAUGAGCGGCACCAGCGUGAGGUAGUCGGAAGCAAGGAGAAACAAGAGGUACAGCGAAUCAUGAAUGAACUGAACCGAGAAGCGUCGGCUGCUAAAGAAGAGGUUCGACGACUGAAGAAGAGCCUUUCUACUCAAGAGAUUGAGACUACCACCUGGCGCGAGCGUCUCAUGGACCUUGAGAACAAUCUCCGGGAGACCCUGGGGGAUCUGAGUGGCAGCCGGUCUAGCCUGAUUACGAACAUCAUGAAGUUGCAAAAAGAACUCGAGUCGACUGCGCUGGAGCUGGAGAGUGUUCGUCAGCAGCUGGACGAGAAGGAGUCAAUACUUCGCAAUCGCGAUGCCCUUCUGGAGAGUCAUGGAUUGGAGUCUCGCAAACUCUCCGAACUCCUUGAGCGAGAGCGACAGGCUCGUCGGGCUGAUAAGCAGUCCUUUGAGCAAGCUCUCAAGAACCACCAGCAGGCAUCGCGAACGAUCACUCAGAGCAACUCGCGGAUUACGGAUCUGGAGAAUGCUCGCAACUCAGACCGGAAGCGAUUCACCUCGCUUGAGCAGCAGUUCCGAGACCAGCUCAGCGAGCGCAAUGCGUUGUUCCUCACUAUCUGGAAGAGACUUUCGUCGAUUUGUGGACCCGACUGGGCGCAUUCGAACAGUCUUAUCAAUGGCAAUCUGCCUAGCCAGGAAGUCAUUGGCAAUAUCCUGUUCUGGCCUGGCUUUAGCAGAAAUCUGCUACUUGCCAUCAAGACUGUUGAAAGUGUGAUUUCAGGCUUCAAGACUCGCAUCAGGAGCAUUGAGCAUGAUUUCACCAAACAGUACCAGAAUCUGGAGAGCUCCUUUGCUCAAAGAGUCCGUCGACUUGAGCGUGUUGAGGAGGCAGUGAAGAACCUGCGGAAUGGACGUGGAUAUUCCAGCUCAACGUCCGAAGUCGCCAAACUCCGUGGUGAGAACCGACUCUUAAAGGCCGAGAUCAAUCUACUCCAGUCUAAUAGCCGCACGCAUGGAUCGGCUUCUACAGCCGCUGCAGCGGUGAUGGCUUCUGGUCCGCGAUCGCCUUCGCUUGCGUCUACAGCAGAUCCCGAGCGCUCCUUGACUCGCCAAAACUCUACGCCCGGGACCAGCGAGAAGCCGCGCUCUGAGCGAGGUCUCACGCGCAGCUCUACUGGACUUCCACAGCCGUCCCACACCUCAUCGAGUAGCACGGUAACCAACAAUGCGGGUGCUAUGAUGCCUCGCUCACGCAGUGGAGCCGGCGCCUGGGAAGGCAGCGAUGAGAAAUGGAUUCACCGACUGCACGAGCUGGAGAAACGGCUCAAAGCUGAGCGAGAAGGUCGACUUCUCGACCGCAGCGGUGCCCGCAAGCGUCUUGAAGAGCGCGAUGCGGAGAACCAGCGGCUGCGGGAUCAACUUCAGCGAGAGCGUGUACGACGAGGUCCAUCGGGGACUAUCAUGAAUAGUAGCCGGAGUCAAGUGCCGACUUCGGAUGAAGGGCCCAGUUCGAGUGAAGGGGAAGGCAUCACGGUGGAUAUCGAGGUGUGA